AUGGCCUGGCCCGCAAACGCCAUCGACAAGGCUGUGCCGCCGUUUAACAAUUUGAUAGCCCAGGGAUUGGUUACCCCUGUAUUCUCAUUCUACCUGAAUCGUGACAUUAAUGGCCAACCGGGCGGUGAACUACUGUUGGGCGGCUCAGACCCCGACCACUAUACCGGUGCACUCACAUACGUACCGGUCGUACCGCUCAGUCCUAACGCUCAACAAUUAUGGUGGUCGUUUAAUAUCGGUGGCGGUAGUGUAGCCAAUGGAGGUCCACAAUUUUGUUCAGGUGGUUGCAUGGCUAUGGCCGACACAGGGACCACCCUGAUUAUUGGUCCCACCACUGAUAUACGCAAUAUAAAUAAUUUUAUCAACGGCCAAGAUCAGGGUAAUGGCUAUUAUAAUCUAGAUUGUAAUACUAUGGGUAGUUUACCAGUGAUUAGCUUUUUGAUUAAUGGUGUGGAGUUCCCGCUGACACCUAAUCAAUAUGUAGUGAAUAAUGAUGGAAGUUGUCUGUCCGGGUUUGGCUAUGAUACAGGUAGUUCAGCGACUAUUUGGACUUUGGGUGACGUGUUUAUCGGCCCCUAUUAUUCCGAGUUUGAUUUUGGUAAUAGUAGGCUUGGAUUUGCUCAAGCUGUUUAA